CCAGGAUUUCGAACGGCCCGCGUGUAAGCGAGCCUGAGAGGGCAGCAGCGCUGCGUGAAGGCAGCAGUGGGAAGCAGAAAGACGAUGGCCGCCUCUCUGACUCUAACCCAGCUCUCCAGUGGAAAUCCCAUUUACGACAAAUACUAUCGGCAGGUGGAUCCCAGAGGCAGCGGGAGAGUGGCAGCAGCUGACGCAGCUCUGUUCCUGAAGCGGUCGGGCCUGGCAGAUGUGGUUCUGGGCAAGAUUUGGGAUCUGUCUGACUCGGAACGGAAGGGUUCUCUCAACAAACAGCAAUUUUUCAUCGCGCUACGCCUGGUGGCUUGUGCUCAAAAUGGCCUGGAGGUGGCACUCAAGAGCCUUAAUGUGGCUGUUCCACCCCCCAAAUUUCAGGACACAAGCAGCCCGCUGUUAGCCGGGGCCUUAACCACUGAUCUUGCUUGGGUCGUCAAGCCUGAAGAGAAAUUGAAGUUUGACUCCAUCUUUGACAGCCUUGGUCCGGUCGGAGGGAUGCUGACAGGAGACAAAGUCAAGCCUGUCCUGCUCAACUCCAAACUGCCAGUCGACAUUUUGGGCCGGGUGUGGGAGCUCAGUGACAUCGACAGAGACGGCAUGUUGGACAAAGAGGAAUUCUUUGUGGCCAUGUAUCUGGUGUACAGAGCCCUGGAAGGAGAAACUGUUCCCAUGUCUCUCCCGCCUCCCCUGGUUCCACCCUCCAAAAGAAAAAAACCCUCGGUGCCUCCCGUGAUGCCCUUGUUACCCUCGCCCCCCUCCAUCAAAGACAGUCGCGCCUCCCAUGCUGGCUCUAAGGCCAUGCCCCACCCCCCUAAACCCACCCCAGCUCCUGCCCCGACGCCAGCAGCCGCCCCUUGGGUGGUGUCGCCGGCGGACAAAGCCAAAUAUGACGAACUCUUCAGCAAGACAGACGGAGACAUGGAUGGCCUGGUGUCUGGAGCCGAAGUCAGAGAUAUUUUUCUCAAAACGGGGCUGCCUUCUGCUACCCUGGCACGUAUCUGGGAGCUUUGUGACAUUGGCGAUAUUGGAAAACUGACUCGAGAGCAGUUCGCCCUGGCAUUACAUCUGAUCAAUCAGAAGUUGACAAGGGGUCUAGAGCCUCCGCAGAGCCUUUCCCCGGAGAUGAUCCCUCCCUCUGACAGACUUAACAUCAAACAGAACAAUUUGGCCAACCUGGCAGCUGACUUCUCUGCCAUCAAGGAGCUGGACUCUCUCAGCAACGAAAUUGUCGAACUACAAAGGGAGAAAGCCACGGUGGAAGACGAGAUCAAGGAGAAAGAGGCAGCCAUCAGUGAGCGCAGCAACGAGGUCCAGGACUUGCAGGGUGAGGUGGCAAGAGAAAGUGAGGCGCUACAGAAGCUUCAGACUCAGCGUCAGAAGGUCCAGGAGGCUUUGGAGGAGCUGGACCAACAGAAAGGCUCACUGGAGGAGCAGCUGGCCCACAUUCGCCAGCAGACCAGCCAAGAGAGCCAACUGAUAACAUCGCUGCAGUCAGAGCACGAGGAGCAGGAGCAAAGGAUAUGUCAGUACGAGGAGGACCUGGUCCAGGCUCGAGAGGAGCUUCUAGCUCUGCAGGAGGAGAGCAGGAAACUGCAGGACAAAGUGCAAGCCGCACAGGAGCAACUCACACCUCUGCAGGAGUCUGUGCGCGACUCCUUCACACAAGUUGCUCAUGUCCAACACAGAAUGAAUGACCUUCAGGUGGAGGAGAGGUCGAUGGCAGCCCAGCUAAGCUGGAAGAGAGCUUUGGAAGACGACUCUCCUGUCAUGGUCAACGGGUCGACAGGGCCCACGCCAGAGCUCUACCACAGGGACCCCUUCCAGGAGGACCAAGCUAAAGAGCAAGCGGAAGAUGAACCAGCUGCUCCCUCACACCUCCAAAAAGAACUCUCAGAGAAAGGAUUGAAGGAGGAGAAGGAAGAAGAGCGCCCCGAGACUCCAGAAGAGGAAAAACCGAAGCCUGAUGCUUUGGAUGACCUCUAUACUAUCUUGGCCUCCUCUGACAAGUACACAAUUAUGUCGACGCGUCCCAAGCCACAGGAGAAAACUGUGAAUGAACACAAUAACUCUUCACCUGAUGUGUCCUCGGAAGCCCAAGAUGAUGCUGUGGCGUCACCUAAAACAACCCCACCUAAGGUGUCAUCACCAGACCCGGAGGUUAAACAGGAAGCUGCAGCCUCAUCAGAAGUCAUUCCAUCCUUAUUACCAGCUCAAGCGCUUCCUACACGCGCUACGCCGGCCCAAACCAGCCAGCCAUCUCUGCCCGAGAUGGAUUUCUUCCACGCAGAUCCAUUUACAGAACAUGAUCCAUUUAAAGAUGACCUCUUUGGAAAAGUGGACACUGCUGAUCCAUUUGGGGGAGAUCCUUUCAUAGGGUCAGACCCUUUUGCGACGGACAAUUUCUUCACGCAAACCGCCAGCAGCCAUCUUUCCUCAGACGACCCUUUUUGUGGCUCCACGGACCCAUUUGGGAACACCGCUGAUGCGCCAGAGCCAGACCUCUUUGUGGCCAAGCGCAACGAUCCUGCCUCAGCAACGGCGACAGAACCAGACCUUUUCACCUCCCAGCCUACGAAUCCAGGCGCACCAGCCGCAGAUCCCUUCAGCUCUGCGGGCAAAGACAUAGCUCAAUCAGACCCGUUCCCUCACUCGAUUAACGCCACUGGUGAUUCAGAUCCAUUUGGUUCUCAAUACACAGGCAAAGAUCCAUUUAGCACCUCUCCGCCUAGCGCUGGUCUGGCAUUGAAGGACCCCGCAGCAGCCAAUGACCCUUUCGCUCCAGGUGGUACCACAGUGAGCGCCAACUCGGACCCGGAUCCGUUUGCUGCUGUGUUUGGGAAUGAAUCAUUUGGAGGGGGCUUUGCUGACUUCAGUGCCCUGACAAAGUUGCAGUCAAACGGCGCCGAUCAGUUCGGCAUCAACAAUAAGAACCUGUUCCAAGUCGACAGCCAGCCCGCCAACACAGAAGUUCCCCCAGCCCUGCCUCCCAAAACGGGUACGCCCACUAGACCGCCACCUCCACCUCCAGGUAAGAGAGCCUCCCUCUCCAGAACCGAGUCCACAGACUCCUUCCACCGACGUGGCCACUUCCCUACGCAAACUUCGGGAGAGUUUUCCUCCUCUUUCUCCUCCUCCUCCCUGCCUGCUAAGGAUCCCGCAGCCGACCCAUUCGCCCCCUCUUCCCCUCCUCGUCAACAUGUUCAGCAAGCCGACCGAUUUGCCAGCUUUGACAAAGUGAGCAUCACCUCCUCAUCCUCUCCCUCACCGCCACCUGACUCUCAUACCCAACGGAAGAAGACAUGAUCGAGUGGGCAAAACGCGAGAGCGAGCGCGAGGAGAAAGAGCGUCUGGCCAGGCUCACCCAGCAAGAACAAGAAGACCUGGAGUUGGCCAUCGCUCUCAGCAAAUCUGAACUCUCCUGAGUGGCUUCUCCCCCUCGGCUAUCACACCCCACCCAAAAAACCUCUCUCCUCCACUUUUCCCUCACCCCGCCCCGGCACAGCACAAUGUGGCCUGUUUCAGAACCAAAGCGUCUUGGGGACCCUGUAGGACUAAUUCAGCAUGUUCUUGGACUAAAGCAAUGUUGUCCUCCGGACUGUCUUUUCCAUCCUGUUCUGAGGAUGAACGGGGAAAACGGUGAUUUUGAGAGUUAUGUCCCUUUAUGACUUACUUCAGAAUGUAACUUAUUCUAAACCUGCACUCACACUUCUAGAGCUUUAUCCACUGACCUAACGCACUACAGUCCAUUUCAGAACAGCUCUUGCUUGUUUUGUGAAGAAUAUUAGCAGUAAAAAAUGUGUCAAAGUCAUCCAACUGGAAUGUAGAAGCCAUCAUGACUGAAUGUGAUUUUUAUCUCCUUCGCCCUAGCCCUGCCCCACGCCCAAACCCGACAACAAGCAGAUGUGAAGUGCAUGCCAGGUUCUUACAAAAAAAAAAAUAUUAAACCACAUCCGGGCUGUAAGUCCAGCAUGGUUUAUCUGAGAAAAGCAUGAAACAAACGUCAUCCAAAUAAUUGUGAUAUGAAGCGAGCAUUAAGAUUCAACAGGAGUCUCUAUAUUUGCAGAUGUAAACUAAAUGUAACAUUUGAGAAACUAUAUCGUCGUUUUGCAGCAUCUUUUUAAAGACUGUCAUAACUUGAAUUUUCUUUUUUUUUUCUUUUUUUGUUUAUAAAGAUCUCAGUUAAGGGUGCACCGUCAAGGUUUGGUGUAGCGACAGUUGGGCCGUGCUCUCAAAGUCCCACUGUGUCUGCCUUUACUCAAACGCCAUGACAGAUUCCACUUGAACGCUGCUUUCCUAACUUUGUACAGCAAAAUGGAACAAAUGAAUGCGUAGAUCAUUAAAUGUACACAACUCUUCCAAGUUA